AUGUCAGUCGAAACCAGAAAAAGACCCACCCAAGACCUGCAACCCUUCCCCAAAAGAAGAGCUAUCGCCAUCAUCCCCAAAAGCACCAAUCCAGUUGACGCAACCACCGGUCUCUCCGAACCUUUCAAAACUAUCUCCACUUCCCUCUAUGUCUCCCUCGCACCCAUGCAUAUCAAUGACCCUAUCAACGGAAUAAAAUCCCAACAUUUAGACCCAUUACUCAUGACCUAUUUCCCCGCCGCCAAGGGGGUUGUGCUUGCAUAUCUGAACAUUUCAAUCGGUGAUGAUAAUGAAACUUUACAAGACCCAAGGGUUACCAUUGCGAAAAUAGAAGGAAAUUCUCCAUUUACGUUCAUGUGGAUAAAUGUUGAUUUAUUAGUUUGGAGUCCUCAGGUUGGUGACGUGUUAGAGGGUGAUGUAUAUAUGCAAACAGCGGGACAUUUGGGGUUGUUGAUUGGAGAUACUUUUAAUUGUAGUAUUAGGAAAUAUGGUAUUCCUGAAAGUUGGCAAUUUGUUCCUGUACAAGAAGAUGAAGUUGUGAAUGAAGAUGAAGAACAAGAGGGUGACAAGAAGUUUAAGAAUUUUGGAUAUUGGAUAGAUGAGAAUGAGAUUAAGGUGGAAGGGAAAUUGAAGUUUACGGUUAAGGCUAUACAUACUAGUGGUAGGGUUGUUUCUGUUGAUGGGACUUUGAUUAAGCCAGGAGAAGAAAAGAGUGCACAACCUGUUGCUAGAGGGAGCGAUAUUCGUCGUGGAUCUACUAGCACUGUUCAAGCCGGUGGAAAACAUAAGAAAUUCGACGAUGAUGAGGAAGACAAUGAACCUACAGUCACCGUCAUUCCAGAACCAGAAGCUGAAGACGACGAUGACACAAAAUUACCAGCAUAUAUCAAAGCAAGUGAUGAUGAAAACGAAGACGAAGAUGGAGAAGUUGUGAAUAAGGAUUCAGAUUCUGAAGAUGAAGUUGAAUCUGAUUAA